AUCCCCGGCGCCUCGCCGCCCUCCUGGCUUGCCCCCCCCCCCCCGCCCCGAACGGCCGUGGAGACCGCGCAGCGCGGGAGGCGGGAUCCGCACGGGAGCGCGUUUCAAGCGAAGGCUCCAAGGUUCGGAAGUGAUCGCCAGCUACAGCAGUGGCAGUUACCUGAAACACCGCGCUCGUGUCCCUGUGAAGAGAAAGAUUUUUAUGACAACCGCCUCAGAGCAGAAGCUGAGCUGUUGAGGACGCGAACUCCUGCUUGGGAAGCAAGUGUUCCUCGUUCUCAGACUUGGGAGAAAUAAGUCAGAAUGAGUUAUGCAGAAAAACCCGAUGAAAUCACGAAAGACGAGUGGAUGGAGAAGCUCAAUAACUUACACGUCCAGCGAGCGGACAUGAAUCGCCUCAUCAUGAACUACCUGGUCACAGAGGGCUUUAAGGAAGCAGCAGAGAAGUUUCGAAUGGAAUCCGGGAUUGAACCUAGUGUGGAUCUAGAAACACUUGACGAGCGGAUCAAAAUCCGUGAGAUGAUCCUGAAAGGCCAGAUCCAGGAGGCCAUCGCGCUGAUCAACAGCCUCCACCCAGAGCUCCUGGACACAAACCGCUAUCUUUACUUCCACCUGCAGCAACAGCACCUCAUAGAGCUGAUCCGCCAGCGCGAGACGGAGGCGGCGCUGGAGUUCGCACAGACGCAGCUGGCGGAGCAGGGCGAGGAAAGCAGGGAGUGCCUGACAGAGAUGGAGCGCACGCUGGCGCUACUGGCCUUUGACAACCCCGAGGAGUCCCCGUUCGGGGACCUGCUUCAUAUGAUGCAGAGGCAGAAGGUGUGGAGCGAAGUUAACCAAGCUGUCCUAGAUUAUGAGAAUCGCGAAUCCACGCCCAAGCUGGCAAAAUUACUGAAACUACUCCUUUGGGCUCAGAAUGAGCUGGACCAGAAGAAAGUAAAAUAUCCCAAAAUGACAGACCUCAGCAAAGGUGUGAUCGAGGAGCCCAAGUAGGAUCUGCCGGCGGCCCCGCGUGUCCCUGCCUGGACUCGGAGUGGCCGCCUGGGACUGAGGUGGUUCCUGCAGUAGAGAACUCUCGCUUCCCCCGUUUCCUGGUGUUUUUUUUUGUUUGUUUUUUUUGACCCUGCAUCUUUUUUAAAGGGGAAAAUGGCCCUUCUAAGCGCUGGAAAACUGUCAGUGAGACACGCUGUCUGUGGAAGCGCAACGCAGACCGCGGCAGGUGCGCUGACGGCGGGGACAGGCCGCAUCGGCCGCCGAGCGCUCUGUCGUUCGGGAACGUUGUUGAACUGAGGCCUCCCUCGCAAACCGCUGAUGAGCAUUGGUCGUUAUUUUGCUUUCUGUUAGCUCGCAGGCAGAAGAUACGCUUUCUCAGAUCUGCUAAGACUCGUCAGGCCUCUGCGGAGAAGUUUUCUCUUACCCCUUGGUUUUUUGUUUCUGUUUUUUCAUAGGAAGGACUAUAUAAAUUUGUAAAUCCUAAUUCAAAGACUUCUUUUGUGUGAGGGUAUCGAGUUUGGUUUGUUUUCCUUCUGGUCUGGGUGGUACGGCUCCUGGGGAGACGCACGUGUGCAUGCGUGUGUGUGUGACAGUGUGUGUGUAUGAGGGCUGGGGCUGUGUGUUUUUUAAUUUUUUAAAUCUAUAUUUUGGUGCUGGCUGUGGUGAGAGACUCUUUCUUAGCGGAUCAACGGACCUUCUCUUCUAGGCAGUUUUGUUGAAAAUAAAGGUUUUUCUUUGAUUUCAAGAAUGAC